UGUAACGAAAAACGGUGCACAUACGACAAAUGUAAUUAGACGGCAACUUCAUCAUCAACUUACCAUACUGUCAACGAAACGUCGAAAAUGUGGAAAAGGCGUACUGAUGGUGGAAAACUUUCGGUACGAUUAUUAUAACGACCGAAGCAUGCAAUCAUGUGGCCAGCAAGGCACGAAACGAUGACCCGCGAUGAAUGCAGAAAAUGUUUACGAUAUUUGGAAUUAGAUGCUUACGGAAGUAUGGUAUCUGUCUUACGUGCCCAAGGCCCCUUUACCAGUGAAAAACAGAAAUUAUUACAAGAACUUGCUAAAGUUUUACACAUUUCUAAUGAAAGACAUCGUGCAGAAGUACGAAGAGCUGUAAACGAUGAAAAAUUAGCAAUGAUAGCCGAACAAUUAAGUGGCCCAAACACUGGUACAGAUUGGACUAUUGAAGGUCGCCGUGUUAUUCCCCUUUUGCCACGAUUAAAGGCAAGGUCUGCUUUCACAACAUUAGCAAAUAGCUUGUCUAUUGCAACAGUAGCUGCAAACAAAAGGAAUCUUCCUAUACGUGAAAAAACGGAGGAUGCAAAAGAUAUUAGAAGUGAAUCUCCUGUGAAAGUGAAAGUGGAAGAGAAGAUACUUGGUGAUAACGAACUUUCACCUGUGAAAGAAAAAUUGAAUGAAGAAAAUAUUACAGAUGAGAUUUCUGAACAAAGUAAAAAAGCGAAUUUCAAUAACCAGAACAAGAAUUCGGAUACAAACGAAAAAUGUGCUAUGUUGGAAAAACGUAAACCUACUUCUCCCCUUCCAACACCAUUACCGAAUAAAAUUCUGGUAGUGUCAGCAAAUUCGAUAGGAACGUUAAAUCAUGGUACUGCUUCAAAAGGGUCACUUGAAAAUACCAUUCAGUUAUCCAGAGUGCCAACAAAUUCACUACAACACCAAAAUUUUACGAUAAUACCACUUAAUAUUAAUUGUGGAGAAAAUGAUUCAGAUCUAGAUUCUAAAACGGUGGUACAAGAAAAUGUUAUCAAUCAUAUAGCUGUGUCACCUAGUAAUCUUACAAACACUAUUAUCCCUGUGGAUACAACGAGUAUUGCUAAGACGAAGGGAAAAAUUAUUACGACGCAAAGUAAACUUAAUACGAAAAUUGGGUCAGCAAUUUUGAGGUCUAGCAAUGUACCAUGUACAUCAGGAAAUAAUCUGCAAUGUGAAACUCAAGAUACACCAACGCAAAAUAGUAUAAGUAGUUCACAAAAAUCAGUAGACUCUGAAAAUUCAAAUGUAACUGCCAGCAGCACAAAACGUAUUAUACCUAUGAUACAUUCUAAUGCAACACCUCCGAUAACUAAAACUAUUACAACAAAUAAUUCACAUCGACUAAUAUCGGUAUGUCCUGGAACGACUGUGUCAAAUGGACCAGGACCACCUCAGCUUAAACAAACGACAACAACAACUACAACAACAACAGUAACCUGUAAAAAAUUACCUACGACGCUCAAUAAUCAAAUCGCUGCCAAAAUGGGUGUUACGCUAAAUUCUAAUAAAACUGUAAAUAUAUCUCAUCCUAAUACAAAAUUAGCAUCUAAAACAAAUGUGAUUGUUAUACAAAAGGGUCAAACCAAAGGUGUAACGCUUUCUCAUGCGGGCAAGGAAGUACUAGGGAAAGUAAUAAUGGGUGGCAAAAAUUUAUGUGUCACAAAUCAACAUAAUGCUUCUAUUAAUGUUUUACCGCGCCAUAUUACAUUGAACAAUGGAGAUCAAUCAGUAACUAUGUUAUCAACAACAAAUUCGUCUCAAACGGAAUCUAUAGCACCUAAUGCAAAAUCUGGUAACACUAUUAUGUUUAAUCUUCGGCAAGAAGUGCUGGAGAAGAAUAAAGCCCUGACUCACCUAUUUGAAUCAACUAAUGUUCUUACCUCAGAAUCUAAGACUGUGAUACAAAAUGCGCACGCCCGUGUUUCGAAAGAACCAAGUAACAGUGAUUCACAUGUACAGGAUAAAGAAAUAAUUGUAAAAACCGAUGCUGUAAUUACUUCUGUUAGAGAUGAGAAACACAGAACAUUCAAUACUCAAUGAGGAAUAGUAUAUUAAAAUUGAUGAUUAAAAUAAUUUAUAAUAAAAAUCUGUAUGUAACGUCUCAUUACAUUCAUAUAGAUACUAAAUUUAACAGUAAAAGACUGGAUGUAUUUCAUAAUGUGUGUAAUACAUACGUGUCUAAGUUUUUAAUUCUUAGUCAUUAAUCUUUUCAAACAAAUAAAUAAGUUUAUUAUUUACUAAAUCAAUACUUUACAAAGUGAAUAGUACAUUAAUCUAAGAAUUGUGCAAUGACCUGCUUGAAAAAUUGUAAUUCUAUAUGACUGAUCGUUUUACAUCUGGCAUGUGCCAAAUUUGUAAUAUAUUUACAGUGCUAAGUAAAAAAUUUGUUUCUACGUUUCUGAUACUUGCUCACGCUUUAUAUUGUUCACGUGCUGUAAAUAUACGUAUGAUGUAAAUAGUACAUUACAAAAGCCAAAUAGAAUAAUAACAUUUAUAUCUUUAUGAACUACAAUUGAGUUUUGCAAAUUCUUGAAUAGUUGCAUUUCUUCUAUUCAGUUUUUGAGUUAAGUUUUUGAGUUAAUCUCCAGUACAUUAACUGAAACUGAGAAGUACUUAAAUACUAACAUGUACAUACACGUAUAUUUUAAACAAGGAGAAUCAAUUUUCGUUUUUUAUCGAUAGUACAUAGAUGUAAGAGAAGGAACCAUGACAGUCUUCUAAAUGAUAAUAACUGCCUAUUCAAACUGCUCAAGAGAAUAAUAGUUUCUGUAUAAAACUUUAUGAAUCAGCAAUUCCAUUGUUAACAGCGGCGUUUAUUCGGUUACAUAUAUUAAAUUUAUUCAAAAUAUGUUGAAGAGAGUUAUAGAUACUCUAAAGAAUUCAUUAAGAGUUCAGAGUAAAUGUAACCACAGUUCGUAUCUAAUGUCAAAAAAGUUUUCAAUGGAAUAACUGAAAUACAGAACAAAGAUGUAUAUGUAAUAAUAGUUGCUCUUGUUUUUACUGUUUGUAAAUAAUUACUAAAAAUAGUUAAAUUAUAAAUUAAAAAUAAUAAUGGCAUUAAAGUUUGUCAUUUAUGUGCAUACAUAUAGCUAUGUUAUUACCACUUAUUACAGUAAUUCUAUUAGAGACGAAUUCUGAUACAUUAUUAUUAUUAUAUUAAUGUCACUUUAUGUCAUAUUUUACUUUACAAAAUUCAACUAUGCAUGCCAGAGAGAAAUAUUUCCAUUGUAAAAGAGAUUUUUAUUAUCAGGAAACACAAUUAUACAUUUUAGAUAAUUUUAAUAAGGUCGAGGUGGUGGUCCACCUCUCAUCAUGCCAGGAGGUGGUCCUCUCAUUCCUGGAGGCCCCAUUGGUGGUCCCCCGCGUCCCAUGGGUGGCAUUCCUGGUGGCAUACCUACGCACAAUUCAAUGAAAACAUUACAGCUUUCUUCAAAAAUUGAAGAAAAAAGAUAUUAUAAAAUUUAAAUAAUUACCCAUCAUUCCUGGAGGUGGACCCAUCAUCCCAGGUGGAGGACCUCCAACUGGCAUACGUGGAGGACCACCGGGGUGCAUCUGUGGUGGUGCAGAAACUUGACCUCUGCCUCCCGGUGUCAUAAUCUGCUGUGAUGGGCCACCGACACCUCUGACAGGUCCUUGCAACCCCGUAGGUACUCCAGCAACAUUUGCAGGCAUACCACGUCCAGCUGCUCGACCCAUACCAGGUCCUGCUGCAGCUCCAGGAAUAGGUACCCUAGGUAAGCCUUCUUCUGGAGGUGGAGGGCCUUCUACCGUUAAAGAAACAAUAUUUUCUCCCCUUAAGAGUACAAAGCCUAAUACACGUUUAUCUUCUCUUUCUGGUUGCUUCGUAUUUUUUGGUUUAAUUUUACGAAAUUCUUCACAAUCUCCAAGUAUAAGGUUCAUAUGUUUAUCGAAAGCUUUGAACGUGCCUAUGAAUGUUCUAGAAUCUUGGAGAAUAAUUCUAACUCUGUAAUUAAUAUGUUGCAGCAUCUUAUUGUUUUUGCCGAUCGUCUGUAAAGAAAAUUCAAUUUAUAAGGUUAUAAUAACUAUUCUUUAAACGAAUUAAAAAAUUUUAUACAUUGCUGCGUUUUAUUUACCAUUUUGGCUGCCUGCUUU